CAGGGCAGGCUGAGGUGGAGGGGGGGGGGAGAGCUGUGGAAUGGCGGACGGCUGGGACAGCCCGCUUCGGUGGUGACGAGUUGAGGGAAACACGGAGAAGGCGGCCGUCGGCAGAACGCUGCCUGAAGCUGGUCCACCAUGCCAUUAGUAACAAGAAAUAUUGAGCCAAGGCACCUGUGCCGUCAGACAUUGCCUAGUGUUCGGAAUGAGCUGGAAUGCGCAACCAACAUCACCCUGGCAAAUGUCAUUCGACAGCUGGGCAGCCUGAGUAAAUUUGCGGAAGACAUAUUUGGAGAGCUUUUUACUCAGGCAAACACCUUUGCCUUUCGAGUGAGUUCUCUAGUCGAGAGAGUUGACCGCCUUCAGGUCAAAGUCACUCAGCUGGAUCCCAAGGAGGAGGAAGUGUCCCUGCAAGGUAUUAACACCAGGAAAGCCUUCAAAAGCUCCACGACUCAGGACCAAAAGCUCUUUGACAGAGACUCUGUCCCUGUGCCGGUUCUUGAAACUUACAGUGUCUGUAAUAUGCCGCCACCUCUUAAUAUCCUUUCCUCCUACAGGGAUGAUGGCAAAGAAGCACUUAAAUUCUAUACAGAUCCAUCAUAUUUCUUUGAUCUUUGGAAGGAGAAGAUGGUGCAGGACACCAAGGAUAUCAUGAAAGAGAAGCGGAAGCAUAGGAAAGAAAAGAAGGAUAAUCCAAACAGAGGAAAUGUGAAUCCUCGGAAAAUCAAAAGCCGGAAGGAAGAAUGGGAGAAAAUGAAAAUGGGACAAGAGUUUGUUGAGUCGAGGGAAAAACUUGGACCUGGAGGAUACCCGUCUAAUAUGGUGUAUCAGAAUGGCAGCAUUGGUUCCAACGAGAGUGUUGAUGCCAACUACUACCCACCACCUCCACAGUCGGAUUCAGGUUCACCAUCACCUCCUUCAUUCACAGAUGACAGUCUUCCACCACCACCAAUGGAGUUUAGCUAUCCAGCACACAAUCAGAGUGGUUCUGUAGGGCUGAAAAAGUCCGGCCUAGUCAGCCCAAGCCACCCUCCGCCAGCUCCACCUAUUGGCUCACCACAGGGAGCCAGGCCAGGAUUUGCACCACCUCCUGCACCUCCACCCCCACCGCCGAUGAUGGGUGUUCCUCCACCUCCACUGUCAGGCUUUCCAACUGCAGGCAUCCCACCUCCACCGUCUCCCCUGUCAUUCCCACCUCACCCCGAUUUUGCUGCCCCACCUCCCCCACCACCUCCAGCAGCAGAAUAUGCUGUUGUGCCUCCAUCCCUGGUUCCCCAGUCAGGAGGAGGUGCACCGCCCCCUCCUCCACCCCCACCCCCUCCUGGCCCUCCUCCUUCGUCUUUUGGUGGCAAGGAUGCUUCAGAAGCUGCUGUUCCGCAACCAGAUUCGAUGUCCUCCAAGUCCUCAUUGCCAGCUGUUAGCGAGGCUAGGAGCGACUUGCUUUCUGCUAUUCGUCAAGGAUUCCAGCUCCGUAAAGUAGAAGAGCAACGUGAACAAGAGAAGCGAGACGUUGUGGGCAAUGACGUGGCAACCAUCCUCUCACGCCGCAUUGCGGUAGAAUACAGCGAUUCUGAGGAUGAUUCUUCCGAGUUUGAUGAGGACGAAUGGUCCGAUUAAACACCUGCCCACCAUCGGGGGGAGGGGGGAGAGAGAGAAACCCAUAUAACCUCUGAGAUUGUCAAAACCUCCUCCCCCCGACACACACAAUACUUUUCUCUCUCUUCCAGUAACCAAAGAUUAGUGUACUCAACUUCCAAGUAACCACCAGCCUCUUUUUUUUUCAUUGAUGGGACGUGCCUCAUUCCCAGCAAAAAUGAAACUGAAACUAACCCUGUAUCUCCAUAUUCUCAGGGUCCUAAAAAAAAUAAUAAAAAAAAUAGUCUGGUCUCU